AUGCCACUCAUGGAUCCCAUUGGAAUCCUCUCGCAGCCGCUCCGAUUCCAGGGAGGUCUCACGGCUCCAAAUCGGACGAUGAAGAGCGCGUUGACGGAGCGGCUCUGUUCUUAUGACCAACUCGACUUGGACGCUCGAGGAAAACCGACGCAGGAGUAUGAAGAGCUUUACAAGGUCUGGAGUCAAGGAAAGAUCGGAAUCAUAGUCUUGGGUAACAUACCCAUCCAUCGGGAAUAUCUUGAAGCCAUGGGCAAUGCGAUCAUCGACAAGGAUUCUCCAUGGGACCCGGUGGAAGCAUUCAAGCCGGCCAUCGCCACAGCCAAGACGCACGGUUCUUUGGUCAUCGGACAAUUGACUCACGCCGGCAGACAGACCCCACUGGAUGUGAAUCCAAAUCCAGUGUCCGCUUCAGAGAGCCAAAGCCCUCCCUGCUUCGGGAUGAGUUUCGGAAAAGCCAGAGCGUUGAGUCUGGAUGAAGUCCAUGAUGUUGUUGAGAGGUUCGCCUAUGGGGCUGAGGUGCUCUACAACGCCGGGGCGGAUGGGGUCCAGUUACAUGGAGCACAUGGAUAUCUGCUUUCCCAAUUUUUGUCUCCUCGAGUCAAUAAACGGACCGAUCAAUACGGUGGCUCGUUCGAGAAUCGUAGUCGAAUAGUCUUCGAGAUUAUUGAGGCGAUCAAGAAAAGAGUGGCUGACCGGAAGUUCAUUUUAUCGAUCAAAUACAACUCCCAAGAUUUCAUUGAUGGCGGAUUCACGAAGGAGGACAGUCAGAUGAUGGCCGUACGGUUGGAAGCGAUGGGGGUCGAGCUGCUUGAGUUAUCUGGAGGGACCUACGAAUUGAUGCCGUUCGAAGAGAAGAAAGCAAGCACACUGAGACGAGAAGGAUUUUUCCUCGAAUUUGCCGACGGGAUACGUCCCCACUUAACGGGAGCCUCGGUGCUUGCGGUGACGGGCGGUUUCCGGACGCUGGAAGGGAUGGCCUCGGCGGUGUCCUCCAAGCAGAGGACCUGCGAUCUCGUCGGUCUCGGACGACCCUUGGUCUUCGAGCCACACUUCGUCGCCGACCUCUUGGCCGGAAAAACUAAACAAGCUAAGCUCUUGGCCUUCGAUUCCAUGUUCCUGGCCGUCGCUUAUCAUGUUCUCAAGUUGAUCGCCCAUCAACAACCCAUCCCUGAUCUUGAGGAUGAAAAUAUCGCAAAGGAGAUCAUCGAGUUGGUCUCUACUUAGUCGAAAGCUUUUGCUAUACUUUUACUACCUUUUACUCUGUCAAUCUCACUCAUCCACAAUCGAGGGAACAAUCAAAUCAGCACAAUGAUAGUGUUAUACACGCUCAAUUGAUCACGCCAUCCCUCUUU